AUGGACGCCUGGCUGCUGGCCAUCUUCGCGGCGGCGCUCAACUUCACGGCCGAGGUGCGCGGCACGGCGGACGGCCGGCGCUUCGGCUUCAACGACAACGGCACCUACACCGGCUCGCUGCGGGAGCUGGUGACGGGGCGCGCGGACGUGGCCUUCAACCAGCACUUCGUCAUGGACUACAACUCGGGCGCCGUGCUGCCGUCCGCCGCCGUGGACUUCGACGCGCUGUGCGUCGUGGUGCCGCUCGUCGGGAACGACGGCUCCCUCGUGGACCUGCUGCGCAGCGUCAGCGGCGGCGUGCUGCUCGUGUUCGCCCUCACCGCCGCCACCCUCAUCGCCGUCUACUGGCUCAUCAGCUGCCACGCGCCGCGGCGGCCUCACCUCCAGGACUCGUUCUUCUUCAUGUUCGCCGUGCUGUGCGGCGCCCCGGCCGUGCCCUUGCCGCGCGUCUGCUCGCAGCGCGUGCUCAUCGGCUUCUGCGCGCUCUACAGUGUGGUGGCCACCAACUCGUUCCAGAGCCUGGCGUCCACCGACAUGGCGGCCGGCCGCGGCGCCUCCAAGAUCUCCACCCUGGAGGAGCUGGACCGGUCCGGGCUGCGCACCAUCUCGGGCUCCGACUCGCUGCGCACCACCACCUUCCAGGGCGACAACCCCCUGCUGCGGCGGCUGCUGCCGAAGGUCUUCUUGGCCAAGGACGACGACGAGUACAAGCAGGUGACCAGCACCCACCAGGUGGCGUGGAUGAACCGGCGCAACUCGGCCAAACCGGCGGACUCGGCGUGGUACGUGCUGCCCGAGUGCCCCAGGCAGUACUUCCUGGCCUUCCUUCUGCCGCAGUCGUCGCCCUUCCUCGACCCGCUCAACAAGGUACUGUACCGCCUGCAGUCCGGCGGCGUGCUGCACUUCCUGCGCUCCAUGUCCUACGAGUUCCUCAUGAAGCGCGAGGCCGCGGCCAGCGCCAAGGGCGGCGGCGUGACGAUCCCCCUGCAGACCCUGCGGGUGCCGCUCCUCAUGCUGUGCGCCGGCUACUCUGCGGCCGUCAUCGCCGUCCUGGGCGAGAUCGCCGCGCACCGCCUGGCCAAACGUUCACCCACUGUGAAACCAAGUGUGGAGAACUCCACACUUGGACCCGAGCUUGGGCCACUGGAAUUUUCAGUCUGCGCACUUGGAAGUGCAGAGUUUGCAGUUUUCACACCUCAAGUGUGGAGUUGUCCACGUUUGCACCAUGCCGAGAGACAUGGGCUGUGUGAGCUUCUCCUUACUUGA